AUCACCCUGAAUCCCAACGAGCCCUCUCUCUUUCCGUUUUCCCGGCCACCGCCCUCCACCCUCAACCCAUUCCAGAGAUCGAAGAGAAAACGGAACCCCCUUCCCAUUCCUCGUCCAUUCCUCGUCUUCUCUCUCUCUCUCAUCAUCAUCGACCCCCCUCCCUAACCCCCUCCAGAUUCAAGAAGCAGCGGGGGCAGCGGCUCCGACCCUUCGUCCGCGACCCCAACGACCAGGCCUGGGCCUUCAACGCCACCGCUACCAUCCUCAACUCCGGCACCACCAACCUCAAGGCCUGGGAGCUCCUCAUCGGCUUCCGCCACCGCGAGAUCCUCGUCUCCGCCUCCUCGGCCAUCCUCACCGACGGCUUCUCCUUCCCCUACUCCACCCCCAACGACUCCGCCACCUCCUUCUCCGGCUCCCCCAACCCCGACCUCAAGUACCCCAUCGAGGUCGCCGGCGAUCCCUCCCAGAUCCGCGCCCAGAUCUCCAUCGGCGGCACCUUCUUCGGCUCCCCUCCCCCCGCCGCCCCCCUCCCCUCCUCCCUCUCCCUGGCCGACCCUGCCUUCUCCUGCCCCUCCCCCGCUGCCCCCUCCAACACCUCCCUCGCCACCUGCUGCCUUCCCAACCCCGACUUCACCCCCAACACCACCACCAACUCCUCCGAUGUCGCGGAGGCCCUCCCCUGCCUCCUCGCCCUCGCCGCCGCUUUCAUGAACAGGCCUUCUAGUGGCGGUGGAGUGGCACCAGCGGCCACCCAACCCCAAGAACCCCAUCGUCUUCUUCGACGUCACCUUCGGCACCAUCCCGGCCGGCCGCAUCAAGAUGGAGCUCUUCGCCGACAUCGCCCCCAAGACCGCCGAGAACUUCAGGCAGUUUUGCACCGGCGAAUACAGGAAACAUGGGGAAGACAUAGAGGAGCUUAUGUUCAAUGGGAAAUUGAGCUACUUGGCUUUGAAAUGCCUAAGGUUCUUUUGACAGAGGAAAUCUCUGGGUCUCUGCGUAAGCUGAAGGUUGGUUCAUACCAUGCAUCAUCUCUAUUGGUGGCAUCAAGACCCCCAACAGCUGGGGUACUCAGCAGGGGAAUUGGUAUGGAAGGUGUCUCUAGUGUCUUAGCUGGUGUCUGGGGAACAGGAGUUGGGUCGACAACACUUACAGAAAAUGUGCACACCAUUGCUGUAACCAAAAUGGGUAGCCGGAGAGCAGUUGAGUUGGGUGCCGUCAUUCUGAUACUGUUAUCAUUUGUUGGUAAAGUUGGAGGAUUUAUUGCUUCUAUCCCUGAUGUAAUGGUUGCUGCUCUUCUUUGCUUUAUGUGGGCCAUGCUUGCUGCUCUGGGCCUGUCAAACCUCCGUUACAGUGAGACAGGAAGCUCCAGAAAUAAUAUCAUAGUUGGGCUCUCAUUGUUUUUCUCCUUAUCUAUACCUGCUUACUUUCAGCAAUACGGUCUUGUUCCUAAUGCAAACUCAUCCGUGCCCAGUUACUUCCAGCCAUAUAUUGUUGCAUCUCAUGGACCUUUCCGGACGGGAUUUGGAGGGGUUGAGAUGUUGUAAUUCUUGUUGACAAGAGCGCCUUUACCACCAAUUGGACAUCUAGUUACUGCAGUUAAACAUCGGAUAAUCUAGUUUAUGGCACUCCUAGUUUCUGAUUAUGAGGCUUGUUUUGGAGCCUUUGCUUGCGUCUUAACAAGUCAUAGAUAGCCAGAGUGUUGGAGCUAUCAUGGAUGGUUAAAGGACUAUAUAUUUAUGAGAUAGUAAUGCAUUUGCUCAGAAGAUGGAAAUGUCCAGAGAAAUGUCAAUUACAUAUUUUAUAUAUUGAGUGUCAGAAAUUGGAAGCACUUUUUAAGCAGUCUGCAGUUUCAUUCCCUAUCCAAGGAAGCGAGUGCAAUUGGUUUUGGACAUUUUGAUGCUACAUAACAGAACAUAGCACCAAAAGAAGGGAAACUUGAUGGCCCUACAUUUUGCUGUCACAGUACGUUUUCUGUCAGCACAAUAGCAAACCUAUCAUACCUAAUGUUGAUCAAAUAAAUGUUCACAGCUCAAGGUUAAGAAUCCAAAAUUUGAUAAGUACUGUUUUGUACUUUGACACCCUAAAAAAAUCAUUGUAACUCUAACAAUAACUGUUAAUGACAAUCUACUUCAAACGUUAGCAUUUUUGAUUCCCUUGAUUGGCAGAGCUUCCCCACGAUGGGUGGUUCAUUCCUCCCAGUCAUUGGAAAAGGUAGAUGCUGUUGCUUCCCCACGAACAGUUCUGGGUGAGAAAUGCUUGUAUGCUUCCUUAAAUAUUGAUGUUAAGUAUUGUC